GAGUAGAAGAGUAAGCAAAACAGGAGUGAACCUAGAACAUUCCCAAGCUACAUGGAGUACGAAGAAUUGAUUAGACACGGUUUGAGUGGGAUCCACGUUACAGGAAGCACUACAUAAUGUGGCCAAUCCAAACUCUCUCUCUCAGUCUGCCAUGGAUCGGAAGCCAUAGACUGAGAUCAAUCUCCAGUCAACGCAGAAGUAACAACAACAACUCAUUCACGACUCUCCCCAAAACACAACCUCAGCUGAUUCUAACAAACAAGGCAUACGUUUCUUCUUCUUGAGCUUCUCUGUUUCCUCCUGUAUUUUCCAAUUUUCUUGAGAGAAGUUGAAGUUAGUAAGAGAUGACGAGCAGGACAAGAGUGCCGGUGGGAUACGGAUUCCGCCCAACCGAUGAAGAACUCGUCAACCACUACCUGAAGUUCAAAAUGCUCGGCGAGGACUCCCAGGUUAGCGAUAUCGCUGAAGUUGAUGUCUGCAAGUGGGAGCCUUGGGACUUACCCAGGUUAUCAGCGAUCAAGUCAGAUGACCAAGAAUGGUUCUUCUUUUGUACCCAGGAUUUCAAGUACCCCAACAGUUACCGGACGAACAGGGCGACCGAGUCCGGCUACUGGAAACCCACCGGUCAGGAUCGGAAGGUCAGGGUUAAAGGCACCGUGAUUGCUACAAAGAAGACUCUGGUGUUCUAUAAAGGUCGUGCUCGUAAAGCGGUCAAGACCGAUUGGGUUAUCCACGAGUAUCACCCAGCUGCCACUCUUCCUCACCGGAGGCCCUUUGUCAUCUGUCGCUUAAAGAAAAAAACAGAUGAGAAGACUGCUGUAUCAACCUGUGAUGAAGGCGAGGCAAGCAGCUAUACUGCUUCUGAUUUUGAAAUUCAUCUUCCAGAUGAUUCAACUCAAGAGGUAUAUAAUCAACCAGAAGCAAACUACCAAUCACUCAUUGAGGCGAACGUUCAGCCACAGCAUUAUGGGUUCUUUUCCUCACGGCAAUUUCCACAACACAAUUCUCAGAGGCCCUCUUUCUUGGGUAUCACAGUUACCAAUAGCCAUAAUGAUGAACGCAAUAGGAUGCCAUUUCAGUAUGACGCUGAUAAAGUGGAAGCUGAAGAGUUCGCCAAUUCACUUCUUGUUGAUCAGAAUGAAUUCUUCUGUGAAGAAAUUAUUCACCACAACGGCUCCAGGGCACCAGAGCCAUUGAGAAUGGUGUACUAUGCCGAAGGUGGAAUGAGCAGUGACACAGACACUGACGCAGCUCAAACAUUAGCCAGAUCAGAAUCUCCUCAAAAAGUAAAAACCUUCACACCUCAACAUCAACGAAGAUCCCGCCACUUUGUAGCACAGAGAGCUGCUCAGGGAAGAAGCCAAUCACAGAGGAACAGUUCGCGCAAAGCAGUAUCGCAAGACAAGGCCAAAGAUGCUUCAAGACACAUUUCCAUUGUCGAUCCAACUCAGAAGGAAAAGUCCAUUACAGACUCUGACAAAGCGCCGAAAAUGGCUCCAGUCACCAAUGCAAAGAAGAGUUUGAAGUCAACAUCGGGUGGCUCAGUUGGCAGCAAUCGAAAGGGUUAUUUCACUUUCCAAGAGACAUCUCUACCAUGCCACGAUUCUAGUCCACCCUCCGUGUAUUUUGUCAAACUACUAUUUGGCAUAUUUUUGUUCCUGGUCGUUAUUCGGGAAGUGUUGUUAUAUGGGAACUGGUGAUAAACUUCAUCCAAGAGUUUUUUGUGUUCAUUUCACCUGAGAAAUGCUACACUUACCAGGAAUGCUUUCAACAUUUCAUCACAGGAAGGCGAAGUCCCCUAGCAUGUGUUUUGUUGUGUUGUGAUGAGACGUCUAUACCUGGUAUAUAUAACUAGUGUUUCACUUUUCAUUAGUCAGUUAUAUUGUAACUUACGACUUGGGAAUGCUGUGAACCUCAAUGCUGAAUGGAAAAUUUUAUGUAUGGUUUUCUGA